CAUCUUCCAACCAAAGUAUCAUCAUAAGUCAUAACCAUCCAACUGUGCAAACACAAGAAGGUGCAUAGAAUUAUUAAACCUUUACCGCACCGUAAAAUUUCUCUUUAUCCUUAUCCGGCGCGCACCACUUCAACAUCUCUCACCGUCAUGUCGCCGGAAACACACUUGCCGCCGCCGGAACCUCCGAUCAUAUCCUUACCGGAAAUCGCACCAGAAACAACGGCGGCGCAAGAAAACGCCGAUAUCCCCGCUCCUCCACCUAAACGGCAACGUCGUCCAAGCGUCCGUUUAGGCGAAAUCGGCGAACAACACGGCACCUUCCGCCGCCAUAACCGUCCACCGUGGAGCUGGCGAGUCUCGAAGGAAUCUUCAAGAAACUCCAAACCGCGAGCCGUAUCAAAUCUCGUGAACGGCGUCGACGGCGAUGAUGGAGAUGAUUUCGGUAACAAUCCAAGAAACAAAGCGAAACGAGGCUCAACGAAACGGUUGAGAUCGAAUCAUGCUUCAAAACCGAUCGAUGAGAACGGAAGCAAAAGAUUCAAGAAUUUCGAUCACGAUCAUAAUCCAAAUGGCCCCACAUACUCUGUUGAUGAGAAUGAUUUCAUGCAAAUGGAUAGAAACGAUGAUAAUAGACUUAGGGUUUGGGAAAAUGACGUCGGCGGCGUUGAAUCGGAAUCGAGGGAGCGAAGAAAGAACGAGGGAGUGUGGUCAUGGUUAUUUGAUUUAGGGCUAAGUAGAUAUGCUCCUGUGUUUGAGAUGCAUGAAGUGGAUGAUGAUUUACUUCCCUUGUUGACAUUGGAAGAUCUCAAAGAUAUGGGAAUUAGUGCUGUUGGUUCAAGAAGGAAAAUGUACAAUGCAAUUGAGAAACUUCGUAAAGGGUUUUAAAUCGCGUGUAAUGGUUGCAGGGUAUGAUGAGAUCGAUCAACAAUGUAUGUAUGUAAAUGUAAUGUUUUGUAGUAGUUUGCAGGGUUUUAAAUAGCGGUUGCGGUAACAAUUGCAUUGCAUCGUGAUGGUUGAUAUUGCAGUUAAAUGCUAACGAUGCAAUCACAUUUUGGUAUUGGAAACAUCAGAAACCGUUUUUUGUUGUUCAUAUUGCGGUUGCAGACCUUUAUUUAAAACCCUGGUAGUUAGUUUUCUUGAGUUUCUUUGUUGUGUUUGGUGGCUUGAAAUUGUGGAUAAAAAGAAAUGCAUGCAAGUAUAAGUUUUUUUUGUUGAUGUAUAUAUCUGUUGACUGAUCAAUAGUGAAAUAGCCAUGGUAAUCUUUACUUUUGAAAUGGAAGUUGGAACAUUUUUAUUC